GGUAUGAAAUAAUGUAUCAUCAAGAUACGUAUACCUAUAGGUGACGAUUUUAUGUACCUAUGUUUAGUUUUCUAAUUUCACGAAUACGAAUCAUUGACUCACAUGUCUUCACAAUUUCAUUUCGUUGUUUGCAUUUCAUUAGUUGCUGCACCGAUACAUGGAUUCGUAAAGUCCUUGGAAAAUGAUUAUCAAAAGACCAAAGAAAAUAACCCAAGCAAAGUAGAAGCUUUGCACAGCCCAGCUACGUUUCAAUGGAACGAAAAACAUGCUGAAAUCGCCACAAAUGGUACAAAGACAGGCAACUGGAGCAGUACAAGAAUUUCAAUAGAUUCCAAAAACAUAAAAAAAGGUGAUUUAUUCGUAGCCCUCAAAGGAAGACAUUUCGAUGGUCAUGAUUUUUUAAACGAAGCAUUCGCCAAAGGAGCUGUCGCCGCUAUAGUCAGUGAACCCAAGAACACAAAUUAUCCUCUAGUUAUUGUGGAAGACACACUACAAGCCUUACAGCAUAUGGCAUCUUUCUGUAUCAAACAUAUUCUCCUCGAUACUAAAAUUAUCGCAGUUACUGGCAGUGUAGGAAAAACGACGACGAAAGAUAUGCUCCAUUCAACAUUAUCACAAUUCGGCGUAUCUCAUACAAAUCGAGGUAAUUUUAAUAAUCAUAUAGGAUUACCUCUCACAAUCCUUUCAGCUCCACGAAAUUGCCAAUACUUGGUUCUCGAGAUGGGAAUGAGUGAAAAAGGUGAAAUACAAAGAUUAUCUGAUAUCAGCAAACCAGAUAUUGCAGUUAUCACAAAUAUUGAACAUGCUCAUUCCGCAAAUUUUCAUUCAUUAUUUGAUAUAGCGAGAGCAAAAUUGGAAAUACUGUAUGGUAUAAAACCUAACGGUACCAUCAUAUUAAAUAAAGACAACCAAUACUACGAUUAUUUAUCCUCGCAAUCCUAUAAAAGUGGAUUCAACGUAAUGAGCUUCGGUAAACAUCAAAAUACCUGCACCAUUCAGUUGCUAAAUACAACAAGAAAUGGUACCGGAUUAAAUUUCAAAGUGAAGUUACCCAAUAAUAAAAUUACAAAUUUAUAUCUCAAAGUUUUUGGAGAGCAUUUUGUGUACUCUGCAUUGGCCACUAUUGCAGUUUUAGAAGCUUUGAAACUCGAAUUACCUCAAAACGUAUUUGAGGCUUUCAAGAUACCAAAUGGAAGAGGAAAUAUGCACAGCAUUCAGUACGGAGAUGAACAUAUUUUGCUGAUUGAUGAUUCUUAUAAUGCGAAUCCUGCCUCGAUGAAAGCUGCUAUAAAAUCUUUAGACAUGCAUUCUGAUGGAAGAAAAGUUGCAAUACUUGGUGACAUGUUGGAAUUGGGCAAUGAAAGAGUAAAGUUUCAUACAGAGUUAUAUGACUGUGUAACGAAGACUAAUGUGGAUAAAGUUCAUACAGUCGGCGAACUGAUGUUGGAGCUACAUAAUUUAUUACCAGAGGCAAAGAAAGGCUCGCAUUUCAAUAGUUCUCAUCAAGUAGUGAGUAAUUUGAGCGACAUUAUUCAAAAUAAUGACAUAAUUCUAGUCAAAGGUUCUCGAGGAAUGAAAAUGGAGCUCAUAGUGAAGGCAAUUUUAUCUGUAUGAGUAGUUUUUCAGGUAAGAAUGUGCCACAUUAAAAUAUGUACUUGGCUAUAAAUUUUUUGGGAUGUAGAUAUCGAUUAUGAUGAUAUUUUUCACUGAUUUUUGACAAAUUUUUGGAAAUUCAAAAACUCGUUUUGCAUGAGAAAAAAACAACAACAAUAAACUUGGAAUAAAAUUUUAUCAAGUUGGAGCCAGAAAUGAAGUUAAGCACUGACAAAAUUUAAUUUACUAUUCUUUACUUACCUUCUUGGAUUGAUUUAAGCCCAAAUAUUUUUUUGAAAUCAGUUUUUGCCAAUCCAAAUUAAUUCAGGUGCAUCACAUUGUAGUGGUAAGUAGUUUAAAGAUUUUCACGUAGAAACACCCUUCAAACCAAAUUUUUGCUGAUGAGAAGUUUGACGCAAGGAAACUCCCUCCCCCCCCCCAUCGAAAAGUGAAAAAAAGUUCGACAUUUCUCUGAGAACUUCGCAUUAGCUUCAACAUGAGAAAACGUAGGUGGGAUUGAAAUUGAUGUACAAAGAACAGAGACGAACUGGGGGAAAGUUUUUUUCUGGAGAAAUCGAAAAUCGUGCCGAAGGCUCUAGAAGAUCCUGAAAUAGUGAAAUUCGAAUUUUAGAGGGUAGAUUUAAAAAUCGUUGACUCAGCCAAAUUUAAAAAAAAAAUCCAAUUAACAGAAAAUUUGCGUUUUUAAAAUUUUUUUCUGUUAGGUAAAUAUGUUGGUCAAAAUACAUAGGUAUACUCGAAGUGUCUAUCUGAAAAUCGGUCUAAAUGUGAAUAAACUCGUGAAUUGGUCGAGAAUGAACCCUACGCCUCAAUCAUUUUUUUAAAUUGUCACCUCCAUUCCAUUUCACUUUGAUUUUUUCUCGACUCUGUCCAACGAUUAGAGCUGUAAGUAGAUUACUUUUUAAAUUAAGUGAGCACCUACUUGAUAUAGUAAGAUAAAAUCUGCUUUCAGCUCGUUAUCAAAUAUUUUUCUCUCUUCGAUCUUUCCCUCCACCACAAAUUACAUUUCAUAAUUCCGUUUCAUACCCACAAGUUCUCGUACUUGCACGAUGAUUGGAGUUGUAAAUCAAGUACCUAUAUCUUCGGAAUAGCAACGAUAAAAAUGUUCCACUAGACUGAACAUGAGAUACCUAUUCAUAUGCUUUGGGUACCUAUCUUUAAUAAAUUGAAAUUUUGGUACCUAAUUGAGUACCUAGAUAUGUAAGACAUUGACAGAUUGUUAGUAACUUUAAGUCAGUUUCAUAGUAGUGACCAACGGCUAUAUCUAUAGUAUGUACCUAUCUACGUCUUUUUAUACCUAUCUACAGAAAAGCUCACGUUUUCUACUUUAAAUCUACUUUAAAUAGGUAUGAAUUUUCAUGCGGUCGUCAUAUUCUAUUUCGGACUACAAACAUAUUUCGUGCAUUUGCUGAUUCCAUUUCUCACCCUCUGUCAUCAAGCUCAUCCUAUGAAGAAAAGAUAGCUAUAAAUGUUGCACUGUGCAAAAAACCAUCGUCAUUCAAUAAAAUUUUUUGAAUCCUUCGUGCCAAUAGCAUACUGUGAAGGUUACAGAAACCAUUUUUAUGUUCAGGUAAAAAACGAAUCGUUUUAUAAAUUUCAUCUACAGGGAUGCAAAAUCCUCCAAUUACUCGUAAGCAUGGAGAAAAAGGCUAUAGCAAACUCACUCCGAUUGAAAACACGACUGCAUGAAACAUUGCAUCGUGAAGUAAAAAUCGACUCGUAAGGAGAAAAUAAAUGGUAUUCAUUUUCAAGACGGAUCGCAUAUUCUGACGAAUAUCUACAGGAAGAUCUUACACAGCAACCUCAUACAGAGAUUAGAAAUGCUUGCUAAACAAUUAAGAAGUUAGGUACCUACAUAAAACCACAGACUGAUGACAAAUACCCUCCAGUGGCUGAUAUGUUUGCCUAAUCCAUCCUAAAAUAUUGGAAAAAGAUCACCUGCGUAGUUAAAACCGACCACACAGUCAACCUAUAGCAAAUCUGUAUUACAACAUUCCACCAAAUGUCUUUGCGACUACAGAUGACCUUGAGAAAUUUGUGGGUUUGUACUAGACUCGAUCGUAAGGAAAGUUCCACUGACCAUUGGCGAAAAAAAAAAAACUAAAAGAUUGAGUAAAUCUUUCAGAUCUGUAUUCCUUGGAUUGAAGUCAAGCAGAGGAGUAGUUUAGUAUUACCUACCUAUCUUACGCACUAUUCAAUUUCUAAAAUCAGUAUUAAAUUAGUUCAUUGUUUUUCGUUGUCGAUUAUUGAAUAAAAUAGAUGUGUCUGAUCAUUC